AUGGUCACAGGUAUUGAGGCCACUGGUGUGUCUUUAGCCAUUCUUCCCUUGGUAGUGAACCAGCUUGAUAAUUAUGUACGAGGACUGGAAAAGAUCAAAAAAUUUCGAAAAUAUAAGUGGCAGCUAGAGGAUUACUCUACUGGACUCAGUGCCCAGUACGCCAUAUUGCUGAACACCUUAGAGCUGUCUCUCGAGGGUGUCGUUGAUGACCACGACCAAAGAUCUGAGCUGAUCAGGAACCCGAGGGGUCCGGGGUGGAAAGACGCAGAUUUUCAACGCCGAUUGAUUGAAAAGCUCGAUCGUGACUACGUUGCUUUUACUGGUAUAGUGAAAGGACUAUGUCGUCUCCUAGAGGAUUUGUCCGACAAACUUGGACUCAAGACAACGGAUUAUUCAACUGCUGCAUCGACAAUUUCUUUGAAGGCCCUCAAAUUUCGCAAGAUAUUCACCACGGCGAUUUACGAAGAUAUUCUGGAUAAAAUUGACAAGACAAAUCAAAUCCUGAAGACUCUCUUUGAGCAAUCCCAACACCGGGAACAAUCUCGACAGGGCCCUACCAGACGGAAGAUCAAUCUCAAUCAACAUCGAGACAAGCGAAGACAUGCGAGUUCCAUUUAUAGAAUCAUGAUAAAAGAGGGACAGUGCUGGAAUUGUUCAUGUCAGGAUGGACACUCUAUUUGCCUUCAGCUUGACAAAACCCCUCUCCAUGGGGCAAAGGAUAACUACCAUAUCUCUAUGGACACGACUUUCCGCAUGAUUCUAUCGUCCUCCAAGAAUAAAUUAGCAUCUAAUAUUCGGAGUCGAUGGCAUGAGGUUAAAGUAGAGGCCGACAAAAGUGUCGAAUCUCCCCAUGUUACCAUAAACCCUCACCCUUCAGCCUGGACACCAAAGGUUCGUUUUGCUGAUAUGAAGACAAAAUGCGAGGAAGACAUUCACAAACCACCUCGCCCACGGGGUACUCCCGUUUCCUCUCUUUGCUCAGCCUUUCAUGAAGUUGAUAUGGCAGACCCGCACACCAACUCUGAUUCCAUUGGAUAUAUUAUCGGUGAACAGACCGCCACAGAUACUCGAUACUAUAUGAGUGUAAUCCACAGCAUCCGCGAUGAAAUACACCUUCGUUCCUUGCAAGAUACCCUCCUUGGCUCCCCAUCGUUACCAGGUUCCCCAAUUCAAAGCUCCAAUGAAUUGAGUCGGCGCGACAGGCUUUAUCUUGCUACUCUUCUCGCUUGUAACGUUCUACAGCUUCAUGGGACGUGGCUCCAGAAUAAAUGGAGAACGCAGGACAUUCUAUUUAUUCAAUAUCCUGGAUCCAAUAAUCCCCUGUUUGAACACCCAUACCUUUUACAGAGAGUCUUCGGCGCACCUCAGACACACCUCAAUGGGUCGACCUCGGAAGUAUACGAAGGAUCAAGUCGCCGUCAGAUCUCAAACAAUAUUCUCUUUCCGCUCGCACUGGCGUUGAUUGAGUUAUCACUGGGAAGGGCUAUAUGCACACUCCAUGGGCCUGAGGAUCAGGACUCCUCUGAGGAAGUCUUUUACUUCAACACCGCAACGAGACUUCUUCAAUCAGUAUACCGGGAGAGUGGAACAAAUUAUGGAGAUGUUGUUAAUGCUUGCUUGUACUGGUCUCGAAGCAAAGGCGACGGUUUUGAGGAUCCUCACUUUGACGAAUCUGUGUUUGACACGAUUAUCUCUCCUCUACUGAAAGACUUUGAUUAUUUUGAGGGUCUCUCCUCUAGGGCAUAG